GAAGGCCGCUUGUGAUCAUGCACAGCACACUAGAACUCUCUCCUCCUCCUCACCUCAUUGUCUCCCUGACUUAUCCUAAUGUGAAAUUGGAUUCUGAGCAUUUGUAGCAAAAUUGCUGGAAUCUGGAGAGGAAGACUCGAUUCAGAAUCCUCCCAGGGCCUUGAAAGUCCAUCUCUGACCCAAAACAAUCCAAACUUUAGCUCUGUCGUCCAGACUGGAAUGCGUAGCAUGAUCAGAGUUCACUGCAGCCUCGACCUCCUAGACUCAAGUGAUCUCCUGCUUCAGCCUCCCAAGUAGUCUAGCUGGGACUACAGGUGUGCAUCACCAUGCCCAGCUAAUUUUUAAAUUUUUAGUAGAGGGAGGUAGAAAACAUUGUGGAAGGAAUGAAAGAAGAAAAGAAGACCUAGAGACAUAGCUCAAAGCGAACACUGCUUCUCUUGGGUUCCUGGAUUUCUUCUGGACAUUUCCUCAAGAUGAAACUUCAGACACUUUGGAGUUUUUUUUGAAGGCCACCAUAAAGAAAGUGCAUUUCAAUUGAAAAAUUUGGAUGGGAUCAAAAAUGAAUCUCAUUGAACACUCCCAUUUGCCUACCACAGAUGAAUUUUCUUUUUCUGAAAAUUUAUUUGGUGUUUUAACAGAACAAGUGGCUGGUCCUCUGGGACAGAACCUGGAAGUGGAACCAUACUCUCAAUACAGCAAUGUUCAGUUUCCCCAAAUUCAACCACAGAUUUCCUCAUCAUCCUAUUAUUCCAACCUGGGUUUCUACCCCCAGCAGCCUGAAGAGUGGUACUCUCCUGGAAUAUAUGAACUCAGGCGAAUGCCAGCUGAGUCUCUCUACCAGGGAGAGACUGAGGUAGCAGAGAUGCCUGUAACAAAGAAGCCCCGCAUGGGCGCGUCAGCAGGGAGGAUCAAAGGGGAUGAGCUGUGUGUUGUUUGUGGAGACAGAGCCUCUGGAUACCACUAUAAUGCACUGACCUGUGAGGGGUGCAAAGGUUUCUUCAGGAGAAGUAUUACCAAAAACGCCGUGUACAAGUGUAAAAACGGGGGCAACUGUGUGAUGGAUAUGUACAUGAGAAGAAAGUGUCAAGAGUGUCGACUAAGGAAAUGCAAAGAGAUGGGGAUGUUGGCUGAAUGUAUGUAUACAGGCUUGUUAACCGAAAUUCAGUGUAAAUCUAAGCGACUGAGAAAAAAUGUGAAGCAGCAUGCAGAUCAGACCAUGAAUGAAGACAGUCAAGGUCGUGACUUGCGACAAGUGACCUCGACAACCAAGUCAUGCAGGGAGAAAACUGAACUCACCCCAGAUCAACAGAAUCUUCUACAUUAUAUUAUGGAUUCAUAUAACAAACAGAAGAUGCCUCAGGAAAUAACAAAUAAAAUUUUAAAAGAAGAAUUCAGUGCAGAAGAAAAUUUUCUGAUUUUAACGGAAAUGGCAACCAAUCAUGUACAGGUUCUUGUAGAAUUCACAAAAAAGCUACCAGGAUUUCAAACUUUGGACCAUGAAGACCAGAUUGCUUUGCUGAAAGGGUCUGCAGUUGAAGCUAUGUUCCUUCGUUCAGCUGAGAUUUUCAAUAAGAAACUUCCGUCUGGUCAUUCUGACCUAUUGGAAGAAAGAAUUCGAAAUAGUGGUAUCUCUGAUGAAUAUAUAACACCUAUGUUUAGUUUUUAUAAAAGUAUUGGGGAACUGAAAAUGACUCAAGAGGAGUAUGCUCUGCUUACAGCAAUCGUUAUCCUCUCUCCAGAUAGACAAUACAUAAAGGAUAGAGAGGCAGUAGAGAAGCUUCAGGAGCCACUUCUUGAUGUGCUACAAAAGUUGUGUAAGAUUCACCAACCUGAAAAUCCUCAACACUUUGCCUGUCUCCUGGGUCGCCUGACUGAAUUACGGACAUUCAAUCAUCACCAUGCUGAGAUGCUGAUGUCAUGGAGAGUAAACGAUCACAAGUUUACCCCUCUUCUCUGUGAAAUCUGGGACGUGCAGUGAUGGGGAUCACAGGGGAAGGGUCUAGCUCCUUUUUCUCUCUUAUGAUAUUAAUCUGAAGUAUAACUUUCCUUUAUUUCACUUGUACCCAGUUUCACUCAAGAAAUCUUGAUAUUUAUGUUGUAAUUACAUGUAUAACUUCCACAACUGUAAAUAUUGGGCUAGAUAGAACGACUUUCUCUACAUUGUGUUUUAAAAGGCUCCAGGGAAUCCUGCAUUCUAAUUGGCAGGCCCUGUUUGCCUAAUUAAAUUGAUGGUUACUUCAAUUCUAUCUGUUGAACUAGGGAAAACCUCAUUUUGCUCUUCAUCUUACCAUAUUGCUUAUAUUUUAUUAAACAGUUGUAUUCAAUUUUGGCAAUAAAGCAAACAUAAUGAAUGGCAACAGGCUUUUCUUUGGGAACAAAAUUUGAUAAAUAUACAAACUCAUUUCUUUAAAUGUUGAAAGACAUCCUAUUGAAUCUGAGGGGGUAAUUUACAGAAAGACAGUGUCUCUCAUUACGUCAUUGGAACUUUUGUCAUCCCUGGAAAAGUCCUGGUGAAUUUGUAAUAGUCCUCUGAUCGUUUCCUUUUCUUUGAAGUUUAAAGCAAACAGAAAAGUUAAUAAUUUUCACAUAAGAUAUUCCCUCAAGCAAUCCUUUCCCCCAGUUAGUCUUGAGGCAGGCUUCACAAAUUCAGAGUAGGCAGCUAACUGCAGUGAUGGGACCUUCCCUUUCCUCUCUUAAAAGUGCUCCAUUGGCUUCACUGUAUCCAAUCAUCUUUCUGUUUUGUUUUGCUUUUCAAAACAUUCCUACAGCUGGGUGCACAGCUGCUGUAUACUUCCCCCAAGGCAGGAAUUAGUUCAUUUCCUUCCUUCAUUUUUACACUGUUGCAUCCUUCUCCCCAUUAUCCUUUGGUGAAUACAAUAAAACACCUUCUAUAAGUAA